UAAAUGCCAUUUCAUUUGACAGCACAACAGCGAGUGGUGUGAAUUCAUGUGAUUUUCUGGAACAUUUUCAAAAAAUAUUUGUGCUCCAGGUGCGGACAGAGAGUUCCAUCAUGAGUGCAUUAAUGAAGGCCGCGGUUUCCCGAAGCCCUGCUUCUUUGGCUUCAUACCUCUAUAGAAACCUCCAUUUAUCUGUUGGAGGUGCAACACCAGUUAAAGAUGGGUCAUCCAACACUAACAUGACCAAGGCAUAUACAGUCAUUGACCACAAACAUGAUGCCUUGGUCAUUGGUGCUGGCGGAGCUGGACUUCGGGCAGCCUUCGGCCUUGUCCAGGAAGGCUUUAAAACCGCUGUUGUAACGAAACUAUUUCCGACGAGAUCUCACACUGUCGCCGCACAAGGUGGCAUCAAUGCAGCUCUAGGUAAUAUGGAAGAAGAUAGCUGGCUCUGGCACAUGUAUGACACAGUCAAAGGUUCAGACUGGCUUGGAGAUCAGGAUGCGAUCCACUACAUGACCCGCGAGGCGCCUCAUGCAGUAAUCGAGCUGGACAACUACGGGAUGCCGUUCUCUCGCACGCCGGAGGGCCGCAUCUACCAGCGCGCGUUCGGAGGACAGUCCCUCAAGUUCGGCAAGGGGGGGCAGGCGCAUCGCUGCUGCGCUGUUGCUGACAGAACGGGUCACUCGCUGCUCCACACCCUCUACGGACAAUCUCUGCGCUACGACUGUGAAUACUUCAUCGAAUACUUCGCCCUGGACCUGUUGAUGGAAGACGGCGUCUGCAAGGGAUGCAUCGCGCUCAACCUUGAAGAUGGUACACUGCACAGGUUCCAAGCGGCGAACACGAUCCUGGCGACGGGCGGCACGGGUCGCUCGUACUUCAGCUGCACGUCUGCACACACGUGCACGGGCGACGGCACGGCCAUGGCGGCGCGCGCCGGCCUGCAGAACGAGGACAUGGAGUUCGUGCAGUUCCACCCCACUGGUAUCUACGGCGCUGGGUGCCUGAUGACGGAGGGGUGUCGCGGGGAGGGCGGGUUCCUGGUGAACGCGAAGGGCGAGCGCUUCAUGGAGAGAUAUGCGCCCGUCGCCAAGGACUUGGCCAGCCGUGACGUCGUCAGCCGCGCCAUGACCGUCGAGAUUAUGGAGGGUCGCGGGUGCGGGCCUGAAAAGGACCACGUGCACCUGCAGCUGCACCACCUGCCCCCCGAGCAGCUGGGCGCGCGCCUGCCCGGCAUCUCGGAGACCGCCAUGAUCUUCGCCGGCGUCGACGUCACCAAGGAGCCCAUACCAGUGCUGCCCACCGUGCACUACAACAUGGGCGGCACACCCACUAACUUCCGUGGAGAGGUGAUAUCCCACCACAACGGCAAGGACGCGAUAGUGCCGGGCCUGUACGCGGCGGGCGAGGCGUCGUGCGCGUCGGUGCACGGAGCCAACAGGCUGGGAGCCAACUCGCUGCUCGACAUCGUGGUGUUCGGCCGCGCCUGCGCCAUCACCAUCGCCGAGAACAGCAAGCCCGGCGACGCGCAGGCGCCGCUUAAAGACUCGACCGGCGAGGCGAGUGUGGCGAACUUGGACCAAAUACGGUACGCGAACGGCGCUAUCCCCACCGCAGACCUGCGUCUGCGCAUGCAGAAAUGCAUGCAGAAGAACGCUGCCGUCUUCCGGCAGAAGAACACUUUGGAAGAAGGUCAGCGCCAAAUCCACGAGAUCUACGGUCAGCUGAAGGACGUGAAAGUAUCGGAUCACUCGAUGAUUUGGAACUCGGACUUAGUUGAAACAUUGGAGCUCCAGAACCUGAUGAUCAACUCGGUGCAGAUCGUGGAGGGCGCAUUAGCCAGGGAGGAGUCGCGCGGGGCGCAUGCGCGCGAGGACUUCAAGACACGUCGUGAUGAACUUGAUUACUCCAAGCCUUUGGAAGGGCAGACGAAGCUGCCAUUUGAGAAGCACUGGAGGAAGCACACACUAGCGGAGACAGACCCGGCGACCGGCAAAACCAAGCUCACAUACAGACCAGUUAUCGACAACACACUAGACCAGCAGGAGUGCAAGACUGUGCCGCCCGUCAUCAGAACGUAUUAGACUGGACCUAGGUAAUCUCUCAUCAAGGGUGCUGGCUGAGUAACACAGAGUCUGCACGCGACGCGCUGCCGCAGUCGCCCGAGCACCAAGCCACUCAUCGAGCGCCAUUAUUUAUUUCAUUAUUUAUUAUAUAGCCUAGCCCGUUAAGCGUAACAUACACAUCGAGAAUACUCUUACACUAACCACUAACGAGUCUAUUCCUCGCCACAAAUACGUAUGUACAAAUCACAUUGUGCCACGAUAGUUCCCGUUUUAUUAUUUUGUUGUCAAUUUUGUUGUAAUUGUAGUGUACGUGUGAAGCAUUUAUUAUUGAUUUUAAAUGUGUUAUAAUGGCCUCAGCAGCACCGAGCGUACUUAAGCGUAACGAUAAAAUAAGAGGAUUAUACGCUUUGGAAUCCCAAAAAAGCAUAAUUUUACUCUGAAAUGAUGUUAGUACUAUAAUAUAGGUCUACCUCAUAGUUUGUGUAAAAAUGUAAUAUCCUAUUGUAAAAUUUUAAUUAUUUUUCAACAUCGAUAAUUUCAUACGCAUUAUUUAAAUCAUGUUUAUGUAAAUUUUGACUUUGUGUUCAGUAUUAUGCCGAUGAAGUUAAUUUGAAUUAUGGAGGUACAACCCUUUUAUAGAACAUAAAUAAGGAAAUAAUAUUUAAUAAAAUUAUGUAAAGUUAAA